GAGGAAAUUCUGUUUACUGGAAGAAGGCUACUUUCUUAAUUAUUUUACAAAUAUUUCUUACAACUACACUAUUUUCAGUUUAUAAAAGCAACAAUGGACAGGAAGAGAGGAAUUCUGACCAGCCAAUGAAGGUCCCUGUUGAAGGAGUAACAGAACCCAAUAAAGUUAUUCUGCUUUGGACUUGGCCUUUUGGUAACCGUUUUCCCCUUAAUCAAUGUCCUAACCAUCUAGAAACAUCUGGCUGCCUUUUUACUGAUAACAGAGAGUUAUAUUACGCUGCAGAUGCAGUUGUUAUUCAUCACAGAGAUGUAUGCAGUUCAAAGAUACACUUACCUCAGAUGCCUAGAAAUGGCAAACAAUACUGGAUUUGGUUCAACCUUGAGUCUCCAACUCAUAGUCGAAAUCUACAAUUGAUGAACAAGCUCUUUAAUCUUACCAUGUCAUACCGCACUGAUUCUGAUAUUUUUGUUCCUUAUGGAUAUCUGAAAAAGCACAGUGAAAUUCAGAACUUCACAAUCCCUGCAAAGACCAGUUUAGUUGCUUGGGUUGUCAGUAACUGGAACCCACAAUCCAGGAGAGUUAAAUUUUAUGAAGAACUUAAAAAACAUUUGACUGUUGACAUCUAUGGAAAGCAACAUCUCCCUCUACCUAAUGACAAGAAGUUAGAGGUUCUAUCUAAAUACAAAUUCUAUUUGUCCUUUGAAAACUCAGUCCACCAAGACUAUAUCACUGAGAAGCUUUGGCAAAAUGCUUUGAAGUCAGGUACUGUUCCAGUUGUUAUGGGUCCUCCUCGUGAAAAUUAUGAGAGGUUUAUACCUCCCGACUCUUUUAUUCAUGUAGAUGACUUCUCCUCACCUCAAGAACUAGCUACUUAUCUUUUGGAGUUAGACAAGGAUGAUAAAAGAUAUCAACAAUAUUUCAACUGGAGGACUCAAUUUAAGUCAAAUGGUACAUUCGAUUGGGCAGAAAUAUACUGCAGAGUGUGCACAGCAUUGAAAGAUUCUCCUGCAUAUAGGACUGUACCAAGCAUUGACAAAUGGUUCAAAUAACGAGACACAGAGUGAAGAACCCUUAUGUUCUUA